GAACGAUCAAAGUGGGAAAAAAAAAAAAAAAAAGAAAAAAAAAAAAAAAACAUACACGUUAAGUGAUACAUAUAAAACGUAAACAAGAGCAUUCCGCACUGCGAGGUUCGCCUUCUGCAAAUCAGCGUAACUUUUCAUCCUCCUCUCCCUCCUCGCAUCUUCACAAAGGAGUCAAACGAAAGAGCGGCACAAGAGCGGCACAAAAAAAUAAAACUGACCGUUUAGGAAGCGCAAAAUAUAUUUUGUGGAAUUCUCCUUUAAAAUAUCCCCCUCCACCCGAAUACCUAACAACAAUGGUAGCCAAGAAGGAAUCCAAAAUUAUAAAAAAACAGAAAAAGAAAAAUGGGAAGAAGAGCAAAGUGGCUGUGAAAAAACCCAAGACUAUGAAAAGCACCAAGGGAGUUAAGUACAUCCUAGACUGUACCAAGCCAGUGAAAGAUACCAUCCUUGACAUUAGCGGAUUGGAGCAAUUUUUUAAGGACAAAAUUAAAGUUGAUAAGAAGACCAACAAUCUGAAGAACAAAAUUGUGGUCACCUCGGACGACUGCAAAAUUUACAUCACCGUGCACAUCCCCUUCUCCAAGCGGUACAUAAAGUACCUGGCCAAGAAGUACCUGAAGAUGCACCAAAUUAGAGACUUUCUGAGAGUCAUCGCCAAGGGAAAGUUGGCCUACGAGUUUAAGUACUUUCAGCUGAACAAUUAGCCCGCGGGGAGACACAUAGGGCAGUACGGGGCAGCACAGGACAGGCAAGCACACUCCGCGUGGCGGCGCACCGCACAACUUGACGGCGUAUCUGCCCACUACGAAUUGCCAACGAUCAGCAGUUGCUCCGCGUGGCCGCAUCGGUCUGUUCUCC